CCGUCGUUUGUUUUGAUGAGUAAUUUUCAACAUAUUCAUUCAUUCCUAUCAAACACAAUUGUUCUCAGGUCGUAAAUAGUUAUAAUAAAUUAAUUGUUGCAAUGGAUUGGCUUUUCGGCAAAAAGAUCUCACCGGAUGAGAUGCUGCGCAAGAAUCAGCGCGCUUUAAACAAAGCGAUGCGAGAUUUGGAUCGCGAGCGUAUGAAAAUGGAUCAACAAGAAAAGAAAAUCAUAGCAGACAUCAAAAAGAUGGCCAAGGAAGGUCAAAUGGAUGCGGUCAAGAUCAUGGCCAAGGAUCUGGUGCGCACGCGACGCUACUCAAAGAAGUUCAUGCUGAUGAAGGCAAACAUUCAAGCGGUAUCGCUGAAAAUACAAACGCUCAAAUCUCAAAACACAAUGGCCCAAGCAAUGAAGGGUGUCACCAAGGCCAUGCAGAACAUGAAUCGACAACUGAAUCUCCCGCAAAUCCAAAAGAUUCUGCAAGAUUUCGAAAAGCAAUCCGAGAUGAUGGACAUGAAGGAGGAGAUGAUCAACGACGCCAUCGACGAUGCCAUGGAGGAUGAGGGCGAUGAGGAGGAGACCGAUGCCGUUGUCUCCCAGGUGCUUGACGAACUUGGCUUGCAGUUGGGCGAACAACUGGGAGAUUUGCCUACUGCGUCCGGUUCGUUGUCCGUUGCCGGCGGCGCUGGCGCUCAAAAGACGGCUGCAGCUGUUGCCGCGGGUGGAGCUGGCGGUGGCCCGGCACCAGGAGGUAGUGGAGGCGGCGGAGGAGCAAGUGGAAGUGCCGCUGGAGGCAGCGGAGGUUCCACGCCCAUGUCGGAUGCCGACGCCGAUUUGCAAGCGCGCCUGGACAAGCUGCGCAAGGAUUAGGAGCAGCUGCUUUAACUGCCGUUUUGUAUGCUUAGCCCACUCUGUUGAUUUUAUGAAAUAACACUUUGAUAUGCCUGUUUCCCCUGGACAACAAUGAUUCAAGAAAAACGCUUAACAACUUA